UUUAUCUCUAGCCACACAAACAAACACGAAUCUAUAUUUGUACGAAGACUUCUCUUACUACAAUGUUAUUAAAAUCAAUUAUAAGGCGAUGUAAAUGAUAAAUUUAUGUUAUUCCGGAACCAUCCAAGAAUUUCUAAAGAAGUGAUCACUUUUUAUAUACCAAAAUAAAGCUCUAUUCUUAAUUACUACCAUUUCUAGCAUCAAACCCUUCUUCUUCGUCUUGUCCGUUCCAAAUGGAAGCAACAGAAACAAGACCAGAACAAGUAGUUCUUCACGAUGGACCACCACCUGAAGAACAACAGUUGCAAUCUCUCAUGUGCAAGUGCUGUGUGUUAAAAGUCUCCAUUCAUUGUCAAGGCUGCAUGAGAAAAGUCAAAAAAGUCCUCCGAAGCAUAGAUGGUGUUUAUCAAACGACGAUUGAUUUGAAGCAACAAAAAGUUGUAGUAAUGGGAACCGUGGACACCGAUACGCUGAUUAAGAUACUCGCGCAAACGGGAAAACGAGCGGAGUUAUGGCCGGACACAGAACCAAUAAAGAAGAAAAAGAAAAAGAAGAAGAAAAAGAAGAAAUCUAAAGCAGAGAAUAAUCAGAACACAGAUCAGAAACAAAGCGACGGAGAUAGCAGUGAAGAAGGAAACCAAACCGACGGUAACGAAAACGAAGCUGUUAAGGUAGUUGCUCAAGACACAGCACCGAGAAAUUCAGCCAAUGAAGGCGGCGGCGGCGGUGGCGGUGGAGGUGGAGGUGGUGGAAAUAUAAAUGUUACUAGAAUGGGUGAAGGAGGGUGGCCAAGCGGUAGAGGAAGUGUACAAUUCCAAGAACUAAAGCCUGAGGUGAGACACGUUAUGAAUUUCCCAGGCGGUAACGGUAACCAGUUACCGGUCGCGGAGAAAAGAGUUACGGUCGCCAUGGAGAACGGAGCCGGAAACGACGGUGGAUACAUGAGGAAUAGAACUUUUUACAGAGGGCAAAAAGGGAAUAAUGAAGGUUUAAAUGUUACUUUCGAACAACCACCUUCGGGUGAUUGGAAUCAGAAUCAGAUGCAAGGUAAUGGGCCUUUUGGUAAUGGGCCGGGCCCGGGGCCAGGCUCAGGACAUGUUUCGUUUAUGGGCCCACCUAAUGAAAGUUCUCCACGGAAUCAAUACCCACCGCAUUAUCAUGGUCACGCACCAGCAUCUCCUACUGCGGUGUUUGGUGGAAGCAGCUUUCAUACGGCGUAUACUCCUUCGAUGAGAUACGGUGCAUCGUAUUGUACGACAUCGUCGCAACCAUAUUCGUAUACUUAUGCACAUCAAAGUAAUGAAUCUGACUCGGAAUCUUAUAGUUAUACUACACCUUCACGCCGGUCACAUUCAUUUGAAUUAUUUAGCGAUGAAAAUCCUAAUGCUUGUUCAGUUAUGUGAUAUUAUUACCUAUCAGUUGAAUUGUAACCGCCACAAGUAACUUUCUUUGUAAUUAAUUAGUUGGUUGGUAAUUAGUAACGUUGGCUAAUGCUACUUACUGCAUUAGCUUAGUGAAAAUAUGGGGUUUGACUCCUAUUGUGGAGGAGUUGAAGUUGGAGGAGAUGAAGUUGGAUAUGUUUGCUAAUGUUAGGCUAUAUUGAUGCGUAAGAUAUCUUUUCUGUGGAAUAAUACUUCAAAUCGGGUAUGUAAUUUUAAGAAAUUAGUUUGAGACGGGAAAAUAUGAACAAACUAAAGUUUGUUGGUUCAUUAUUGAA